GUGGCUCCGGCCAUGACAAUUUCUCGUACCCUGGGAAGCACACGCGGUGCGGUCAUCUAGCGGAGAGAAGGAGAGAGAGAGUUGCUGGGCCCUCACGAAUUUAUUACCACCAUGGUGGUGCUCCCGUGCUCUCCUUGCAUAUAUAUGCGGCUGCCACUCCACGCAGCAGCGCUUCCCACCGAUCUCCGCUUCUCGAGUUUAUUUGGGCAGUGUAAUUAAAGCCUUUCCGACCCUUCGACAGCUCACAGGUGGCCUCUCCUUUAUUUCCCUUCUUCCUUCAAGUAGCUGUCGCUAGCUAGCUAGAGAGAGAGAGAUCGAGAUGAAGACUUGUGGUAGGGCAACCAAACUGGAGAGGAAGACGGUGGAGAAGAACAGGAGACUGUACAUGAAGAACCUAUGCUUCAAGCUCGCUUCUCUCAUACCAAAAGACCAGUACACCAUCUCAAAGGAUACAUUAACACAAGAAGAUCAGUUGGACCAAGCAGCAUCUUACGUAAAGAAGCUGAAGGAAAGGGUUGAAAGAUUGAAGCAGAGGAAGGAAAUGGCACUGAGAUCUCGAGGACCCGAUAAUAUCAGUGGCAGGGUGUUGAGUAGCUUUAGCUUGCCCGUGAUUGACGUAAGACACUUGGAUUCCACCUUAGAGGUGUUUAUAGUCAGUGGGCUGAGCAAGGGAAUCAUCUUUCGUGAUGUUCUGUGUGUCCUUGAGGAAGAAGGAGCCGAAGCCAUUAACGCCAGUUUCUCCAUUGCGGGUGACAAGAUCUUCUGCACAAUCCAUUCUCAAGCCAUUUCCUCUAGAAUCGGUUUUGAAGCCCCAAGGGUAUGCGAGAGAUUGAAGCGAUUAGUUUUGUGAACAUCUUCUGAUUCGGAGCUAAUAAUAAGGUGAUGUCAUCAUUUUCGUUGGGGAACUAAUUGGAUAUAAGGCAGACAAUGUGUAGGAGUCAAUGUAUGUCCCCUUUGCUCUGUCUUUUGAUCGCUGUAACCUUAAAUAGAAAUUGCUGUAUGGAAAUUUUUAUAUAAUAUCAGAAUUUUGGUA